AUUCUUGGUAACCCCAAGGUCUUAUCCAAGCACCCACUGUGGCACUACCUUCUUCUUCAUUUCAAGGAGCGCAACUGUCUCGUUGAAGGUCCCUUGACCAACCUACAGGUGUCACUUCUCCAAUUCAGCCGCCCCAAGCAGACAUAUCGCGGGCCUCAACGCUACCAGAUGGCCUACCAGCACGCCAACGCUAUGACCUCUGGUCGUCAGCCAGGCUUCAAUGGUAACAAGCCUCGUCAAGAGUACAAUGACAACGGCUCCAUUGUGGGCUACAUCCCAGACGAUGUCUCUUCUGUCCACUCUUCUGCCCUUGGCGGUGUUGGUGUUCCUUCCAACUAUCCCCCCAUGUUCUCUAACUUUCAAGAGUCCUGGCCCCUACCUGGCCGUCCUAACGGCAAGGGCAAGAAUGGCGCUCCUCAAAGUGUUGCUGGUGAAUCCAUUGCAGCUAGUGAGCUCACAGAUACCCGUAGCGAUGCGCCUGGUGGCAUUAGUCUUUCUGGUCUGAGUCUGAACGACUACAACAAGCCCACCUCACUCAGCCAGUCAGACCGACUUAAUCGAUUUGUGGAAUCGACUCGCCAGGGUCCAAACGUCGGUACUGGCUUCGGUGCUGGUCGUGGGUUGCGUGGUGCACUUGGCGGCUUUGAAGACGAUGAUGCUCGUAGUGUUUCC